AGCGACAUACAUUGCGAGAUUCGUCACUGCGAGCUCCGUUCAGAUAUGAGGUCUAUUGAAUACUCCUGCUUGUCUUACGUUUGGGGGCUCGACAAACCAACGCGACGGAUAUGGAUUAAUGGCAAACCGUUAUGGACUCGCCAAAACUUGUGGGAUUUCUAGUCUCAGCCAGGGAAUGUUAUUGCUCGACAUGGUUCUGGAUUGAUGCGCUGUGCAUUGACCAAGAUAAUGUGGACGAGCGCAACCAUCAGGUGCAACAGAUGGGUGAGAUCUUCUCUUGUGCUCAACAAGUCUUCGCGUGGCUUGGGAACAACCAGAAUAUUGCCGGGUUCCUUGCCAAAUUCGGCCAUACUCGAGGACUGGACGCUGGAUACUUCGCAUUCUACGGAGCCUUGUACUGGAGUCGGGCGUAGAUAACGCAAGAAAUUGCUCUUGCCCAGCAAGUGGUACUUGCAGCGGGCGCGCAAGAACUGCCCUUGAACUCACUGGCUCUGCCGAAACCGAAUCGAAAAGGUCGUAGCUUGCCUGAACACGCAAAGAAUUCAACGUUUCAUCCUGCCACCAUUCAGAGGCUGCGUGGCAGAAGUCGCAUCCACCAUUUACACCACUAUAAGCUUAAGGAAUGCCACGACAUUCAUGACCGCUUCUUCUCUCUAUUGUCUCUGUGCGGAGAGGGCAGUAAUCUGGAAGUCAAUUU